AUUUGUUUUUAUUUUAGAAAAUUACCAAAAAUAGAUUUUAACAUUACAGGACAUAAUCUUUUCUUCAACCAUUACCAUUCUUUCUUUCCUCAACUCUCUCUCUCAAACCAACCAUCAUAGAAAAUUCCUCAAUUCUUAUUCCUUUUGGCAAUAAUAAUAAUAAUAAUAACAAUAAUAAUAAUAUCAUAGAAAGAAAGAAAUUUAAAUAAACAUUCCUUUAUUAUCUGUCUUCCUCUUCGAUUGACUCUGUUUUUUCCCUUUCGGUUUCCUUCGUACAAAAAAGAAAUCUUCUUUAUUCCUUUCUUCUUCCAUAGCUACUACUUAUAUAUAUAUAAUAAAUACACGCACAUGUAUUAUAUUUAUAUAUAAUUAUUAUUUUUUGAUGAAGCUAUAAAAUAUGAUGAAGAAAAGCUCGUCGAGAACAGGGGGUCGUAUAUUUACAGAUGAAUUCAGUAGCCGAGGACAAAGAUUCGGCAGAUUAAAGAACUCUGAAGAUUUUGACGACCGUGAUAAUAACGAAGGUACUCCAUUAACAAGUCCUCCAACUGACCCAUUUGGUGACUCAGCCGCCGGAGGUGUAGACGACGAAGCUUCCGGCUCCAUGUCACCAUACGCCAAAUCACCUUGGUCAACCCACGUCAGCCAUAAUCCAUCUCCGGGAAAUGACAACUUCUCCAACGUCCUUAUGGGUUCUCUCGUCAGAGAAGAAGGUCACAUAUAUUCAUUGGCCGCCGCCGGUGACUUGUUGUACACCGGUUCCGAUAGCAAGAACAUCAGGGUAUGGAAAAACCAGAGAGAAUACGCUGGUUUUAAAUCAAACAGUGGUUUGGUUAAAGCCAUAGUUAUUUCGGGUGACAGAAUCUUUACCGGUCAUCAAGAUGGAAAGAUCAGAGUUUGGAAAGUCUCGAAUAAGAACACGCCGAAUUAUAAACGAGUUGGGACUUUGCCCACAUUGAAAAACUACAUAAAAUGUUCGAUGAAACCGAGUAAUUACGUGGAGGUUAGAAGACAUCGUAACGUUCUUUGGAUUAAACACUUCGAUGCAAUCUCAUGUCUUAGUUUGAGCGAAGAUGGUACUCUUCUUUACUCUGCUUCAUGGGACAAAACCUUCAAAGUCUGGAAAGUCUCCGAUUUCAAAUGCUUAGAAUCAGUUCAAGCUCACGAUGACGCCGUUAACGCUUUAGUAACGGCUUUCGACGGUUUGGUAUUCACAGGCUCAGCUGACGGAACCGUUAAAGUGUGGCGGAGAGAAUAUCAAGGUAAGGGAACGAAACACUUCUUUUCUCAAACGCUGUUAAAACAAGAGUGUGCCGUUACGGCUUUAACGGUUAAUCAAGAAGCGACUUUUAUUUACUGUGGAUCAUCAGACGGAGCCGUUAACUAUUGGGAGAGAGAUAAGUCUUUAUCACACGGCGGCGUUUUGAGGGGUCAUAAGUUGGCUGUGCUGUGUUUGGCUACGGCUGGAAGCUUGGUGUUUAGUGGCUCGGCUGAUAUGGGUAUUUGUGUUUGGAAAAGGGUUAAAGGUGGGGACCACAUUUGUUUAUCUGUUUUAACUGGUCAUAUGGGACCAGUAAAGUGUUUGGCUGUCGAGAAAGAGAGGGAAAAUAAUAACAAUAAUAAUAAUACGGCGGAGGAGGGUGGAGGAGAGAGGCGGUGGAUUGUUUACAGUGGUAGUUUGGAUAAGUCGGUGAAGAUGUGGAGAGCUUCGGAACAAGCACAACCGUUGGGUCUAAAUCAGCAUUGUUCUUCUGGUGAUGGGAAUGAUAAAACGCCGUCGUUUGGCAUGGCUCCUAGUUUUGCUACUCUUCCAAGGAACACGAGUUCCAGAAGAUAUUAAUUUAGAUAAUUAAUUAAUUAUGGAUAUUUCAUUAAAAGAAAAAAAAAAUCUUUUUUGAUAUUGUUAUAAUUAUUAUUGUAUUUAAUGGGUGAAGUGAAUAGGAAUUCGAUUCUGUUUCUAUUUUUUGUUAUGGUGUGUGAAAUGUAAGUGAAUGUUAGGCCAAUGUUGUUGUUUGGAAUAUGUAGUAAUUCCCUAAUUUAACAAAUAUUUUAUUA